AUGGCUUUUCUCGGCUUGACACUGGUCAUCCAAGUCGUCCAGCCUUGCGACUACCUCCGCUACGUUAAAGGAAGUGGCCCGCACAAACGGCGAAAUAUUAAUAUCCAUCGGCCUCCCACCCUCCCGGCCUCCCACCCUCCCGGCCUCCCACCCUCCCGGCCUCCCACCCUCCCGGCCUCCCACCCUCCCGGCCUCCCACCCUCCCGGCCUCCCACCCUCCCGGCCUCCGACCCUCCAAGUCCCCACGCCUGCUCGCGCAUUCUAAUCCUGCAUCAACUGAUCACCGAAUCACAGAUCACGCUUUUUUACUGGCCCGUCAACUAUGUCCUUCUCCCGGUGCUGCAUCCGAGUUUUGUGACGAUCACCGAUAAGUUUUGCCAUCAUUUCCAGUACGGUUUCGCCGUUACGUUAGGUGCUACAUGGUAUGGUCUCGCUGUUCUAGCGCUGAACCGCUUCGUGGCCGUUGUAUGGCCCUUCAAAUACCAAUACUGGAUCACGAAGCCGCUGAUCGCCAUCCAGAUGAUCAUCCCAUGGGCAAUGGGCAUUGUCGUGGUUAUCCGAUUCUAUCUGAUGAAAGGCGGAUUUCCCUUCAGUGCAAAGAGUCGCAUCUGCGAUAUUAAGACGGAUGACGAAGCAUUCCAAAUCACUUCCGUGUUCGGUUUAUUCUUGCCUCUUCUGCUAAGUUGUGUAUUCUACGUGGGAUUAUUUAUUGGGUUCAGGAUUAACAGAAAGCGUCAGACGGUCGGUUUGAUUCCACAAGCCUCCGGAUCGAUCAGUGAUCACAAGUCGCGUACGACAAUGCACAGUAAUGCCGUUGUGGUAGAGAACUUUAGGAAAAGUAAGCGACGGUUGAAUCUUGCCAAAGGAUUGUUUGUCGUUUCCGUUAUUCACCUGGUGGGCUUUGCUUCGGAUCCGGUAUUCUUGGCGGCGGUUCCAGAAGGUCAAGACCGAUAUCCAUACGUGAGGCAGUGGAUACUCCUGCUUUUUUAUGUUGGAUACCUCUCGACACCGGUCAUCAUUACCAUUACAAAUCAAGAUGCGAAAGCGCUGGCAAGAAAGAUAUUCAGAGCUGCAGGCUGCCGAUGA